CCGUCUACCAUCAUGAGCACGGAGGGUCGACUGCGGGACGAUCUUUGGAUCGCGCACAAGCCCUCUGGGUACACAUCAGCUCAAGCCCAGCAAUGGCUGGCCAAGAUCAACUACCCAACUUCGAACUUGGACGCGGUCAACCUCUCCUUGGAAACGCUGACGCGCCUCGUCCAGCUCAGCGUGACGACGUUCCCGUUCGAGAAUACCGCAAUGCAUUACACUGCGGGGCACACGAUGGACGUGUCGUAUCCCGCGCUCUUUGAUCGCCUCGUUGCGGGUGGCACAGGCGCCGGAUCGUGGUGCUACGGGCUCAACGGGCUGUUCUACCAGAUGCUCCUUGCGCUUGGCUUCCGCGUGUACGCCGGCGCCGGACGGAUCAACCCGCUUCCGGCCGAGUCUGAUCCGCAGUUCCUCGCCUUUGUGCACAUGGUACUGUUUGUGCAGCCGACGGCGGGGAGCAACGCGACCUUCGUCGUGGACACGGCGUCCGCGCUCGUCCGGCCCAUACCGCUGUGCGACGGCGCGGAGGUGCCCGGCGCAACGCCGACGGAACGCUUUCGGCUCAGACGGGCCGCGCGGCCGGAAGCUAGUUUGCGUACUUCUCCGGACGCGAUAGCGCCGGCCCCGGCGGAAUGGUGGCUCGAGCAUAUCCAGGAUGCGAAAGACACGGGCAUGCCUCCGACGACCCGCGUGAUGUACUCGUUCAUCGAAGACGAGUUCUUCGAGACGGAACGCGCCGCGGGGAACGCGACUGUGCUCGCCGCGACUGGUGGGAUUUUCGCGGAGACAGUCGUGUGCAGCAAAUAUUUCUUUCUUACUGACGAAGAGGCGAAAAGCAUUGGACAAAUUCAAGCGGAGCAGGAGGGCCCCGCUCAUGCGGGCGAGCAUCUCGGCAAGCUCGCCAUGGGCGGCAACGUCGUGCGGAAACAUGUGGGCCUGCAGACGACGCUGGUGAAGGAGCUGGAGAAUGAAGCGGACAGGGUCGAUGCGCUCAGGGAGUGCUUUGGGAUCAUUGUACUGCGGGAGGAGGUGGGAUAUAUGGAGGGUCGGCAGGCGGCGCUCAAGUAA